AUUUUCGUUUGUGUUGACUUGUUGACCAUUCCAAACCCAGAAAGAAACGCUGCCUAGAAGACACAUUUUCGCUAUUUUCCGCCUUUCAGAGUCUCUCGUCUCUCUCGGGUCAUCCAUCGUACGCUAAUGGCCGCCAUAAUUUCGCGAAGGUUAAGGUUAUCCACCUUAACCUCCUCACUCCUAAAACCCUCUUCUUAUUCUAUAACCAAUUUCAUCUCCAACAACCCUAAACCCCCAAUCUUCAAACCCUCCCAAUUCCUUCCACCCAUCAGGUUUCUCUCAACCAACAACAAAGACUCCUCCUCCACUUUAGAUUCCGACGAAACCCAAAAGCCCAGCCCAGGCCCAAGCCCAAGCCCAUACCCGAGCCAAAACCCAAACUUCAAGCACCAGGAGAUAGAAGGCCCAACAGUGGAGCGCGACCUCUCCCCACUCGCGAACGAGACGCGCGUGGUUCUGGAAACCAUGAUGAAGAACAUGUACUCGCUGAGCAGCGUCGUGGCGGCGCUGGGCCUGCUCCAGCUCACUCUGGGCGCGUGGAUAACCUACCUCACCAAAUCCGAACCCAUCGCUGAGGUUUCGCUGCAGAGUUUGUUGGCGUUUGCGUUUCCGUUCUCGCUUGCGUUCAUGCUGCGGCGCGCGCUGAAGCCGAUGCAUUUUUUCAAGAAGAUGGAGGAGCUAGGGAGGUUGCAGAUCCUCACGCUUGCACUCCAGGUCGCGAAGCAGUUGAACGUGCUCUUUGUUAGGGUUCGUGCGGUUUCGGUGCUUAGUGUUGUUGGUGUUGUUGUUGGGGUGGUUGUUGCUGUGGGUUCCAAAUGGAGCUGAUUUUUUUUAGUCUAUGUUUGGUAUUCUGUUGCAAAAAUCAUUCUGUCAACAGAUCCAAAUCUUGUUUUUGCCCUUUGGAUUAAAACCUUUACAACCAAGUUAAACUUCUAUGUCUUUGGAAUAAUAUGUUGAUGCAAGUAGAGGUUUUGGUUUUUGUUUUUGUUUUGGAAGAUGUUCGUGAUUCCGGUUUGUAUUAUUCAUUGGAAUUUUGAUGAAAAUAGGGAUGGUAAGAAAAAAAAAAUAAACUUCGUUGGUUGAGUUUUGACUCGAAUGUGA